AAUUUCUCUAUUGAAUGUAAAAUUUCCCUUCCAUCCGCAAUUUUCUCAAGAAACCCUAAUCCACAACCAUCGACCUUUCUUCUCCCAUCCUAUUUCUUAUAAUUAUUAUUACAGUUUUUUUUUUUCCCUAUUGAAUUCUCUUUUUCUCAGUGCCACCGGAAUAGGAGCAGCAAACUCCUGUCUCUUACACCUUUUUAUUCGAAUUUGUCUUAUAGACUUCUCACUUUGCCUUCUCCAAGCAUAAUUGAAGCAAGGGGAUUGAAAAUAGGUUGAAGAAAUUUAACACGAUUUCCCGUGCUUGUGAUUUGGUUUUGUUUUGAUGUUUGAAACGUUGGGUCAGCUCCCUCGGAUGGAAAGCUGUGAUCUUUGGUAGAUUAUAUUGAGGUGGACAAAGUUUGUGAUUUCCGAGCUGCAGGUUUCUCUUGAAGAUAGAAUAGUUCCUAUAGAGUUUUUGUUAAUUGUGUCUAAUAGCUUAGCAAGGUUGGCCAUUAUUCAAGUUGUUGCCAAGAAUGGUUUCUGAAUUGAUUAAUGCUAAUCCCAUUGUUUAUGAGAAGAAGGAACGUCGAGUUCGAAUCCCAGCAGCUGAUGUGGAUGAAUAUGCUGUUGAACCAAUUGACCAACUAGAAAUAUUUGAUCAUCUUAGAGACAUAAAAGAUCCAGAGCAUCCUUAUUCUUUAGAAGAGCUGAAAGUUAUAUCAGAAGAUGCCGUUGAAGUAGAUGACAAGCGGAGCUAUGUCAGGGUCACAUUCACUCCAACUGUUGAGCACUGCAGCAUGGCAACAAUCAUUGGCUUGUGCUUGCGAGUGAAACUUAUGCGCUGUUUGCCUUCUCGUUAUAAAGUUGAUAUUAGAGUCGCACCAGGAACUCAUGCCACUGAAGCUGCAGUAAAUAAGCAAUUGAACGACAAAGAACGAGUCGCUGCAGCUUUGGAAAAUCCCAACCUCGUGGACAUAGUUGACGAAUGCCUUGCUCCAUCUUAUGAAUCGUGAAAGUAGAGGUGAUACACCAUGGAUAACUUGAAUGUUCAUCAAGCUCUCUCCUAUGGCUCCGUAAAAUCCCCCAUAUUUUUUCUGUAGCCUGCUGAGUGAUUGCAGAUUUUGCUUCUUUCUCUUUUCCUAAAUGUAAUGUUAUUAACAUUUAUACAACAAUUAUUUCUGUUCAUUGAGCUCUGUUGUCUCUAUAAAGGUUGCUUAGUAUUUGUUGUAUCAAGUGAGUAAAACAGAUUAGCCGACAAGCUUGCUAA